AUGACUUCCUCAAUGACACCGAUGGAAGAUGCUAUCAAGCAAAAGAUCACACAAGAGCUGAACCCAACUUCGCUCGAGAUCUUCAAUGACUCGCAUAAGCACGCUCACCACAAGGCAAUGGCAGAAGCUUUCAAGUCAAAGAUGCAGCCAGCAAGACACAGAAUGGUCUACACUCUCUUGAAGGAUGAGAUGGCUGCUGAAGGCGGCAUCCAUGCUCUGCAGCUCAAAACUCGCACACCCGAGGAAGAGGAGAAGGCAAAAGCACGAGAGUCAUGA